AAAAUGGAGGUUAGUUUUGUGUUUGACUUUAAGUUGUAGGUCAAUUUUGCAAAAAUCCCUUUUUUUUAUUUAAUAACUUCAGUAGACAGCUUCUAAUACUCUUUGCACAUUCUUAACUCAUAAAAAGUAGGUUAAAUAUAUGUGUACGGAAAUGAAUACUUAAUUUUGUUGAAUAGAAUCUCAAGAGAAAAAGAAAGGAAAAACUGGUAUUGUAUUGUACUAUCAACCUGUAGCAAAGAAGAAAAAAAAUGAAAAGUGUGACUAGAUAUGCACUUGGAGCAUGAACAAAUAGAUAUGGAAGGACAAAAAUAUAUUCGAAUAUCUAGAUAUCUGGAGGUACUCAUAUAACAAAGCCAAACACUAAUAAUAAUGGUAUUUGAAUAUUUAUUAUAAAUUUUAACAAUAUAUACACAUAUCAUAUCAUAACAGAAAGACAAUGUUCUCAUGGUUCUUAGUAAACUUUAAAAUGCAAGCAAUUAGAAACAAAAUAAAGGACGAUUUAUUUAACCAGAGCAAGAAAUAAAGUCACACAUUGAAAGCUGAAAGUGAUCCAAAAGGAUGUGAUCUUAAAAAAAGUGAGAUUAAAACAAAGUUUAAUUAUUUGCCUGCCUUUUUCAAGCAUCUCUUCCCCCAUACACACUUUUACAUUUGAGGAUAAUGACAAUAGUUCACUUACAUUAUUUUGAAAUUAUCAACAAAUUUAUCAUUAUAAUACUUUGGAAUUGAAGACAUCAAAAUUUUUUUUUUUAAAAGACAUCACAACUUUAAUUACAUUGUUAUGGAAACUUUCUUCGUUGUUUGGAAUAGUCAAGAGGCUCUCUGAACUCUACACACUACUCUCCUCUCCUCUCUGCUCUACUUUCUCUCUCUUUCUGCGUGUAGGAUACAACGAAAGCCUAAAGCUGUGUGUGCUUGGACCUUUUGGUUCUCUUCUCCAAUGUUGUUUUCAGCAAAUCAUCAGAGAAACAAUAGAGUCUCUGCUACAAGCAAGAACAAGACUCUCAACAACGUUUCUUCCAUUUCAUCCUCAUCAUCUCCUUCACAUCCACAAGACUCUCAAUCCCAGAAGAAAUCUCUAGUCACCAUGGAAGAUGUUUGGAAAGAUAUCAACCUUGGUUCCAUCCAAAGCCAACAUCCACAAGGCAACCAUGAGCCUAGGUUUGGGAGCCACAACCACCAGAACCAAAACCCUAACUCCAUCUUCCAAGAUUUUCUCAACAGGCCUUUGAACCAGGAACCAACAAUACCCACCGGCCUCACCAUGAGUUCUUCCUCAAAUGGAGAUACCACCACUGUCACUGCUCUCUUGAGCAGCCCCCCUUUGGCACCUCCUGCAACUGUUCUGAGCUUGAAUUCUGGAGCUGGCUUUGAGUUUCUUGAUAACCAAGAUCCUCUUGUUACCCCUAAGUAUAAUCUGCAUAGCCACAAUCACCUCAACACCUCUUUUGAGGCUCUGGUUACACCGACUUGUUUUGGAAAGAAAAGAGGCCAAGAGUCCAAUGGAGAAGGUUCAGGGAACAGAAGAAAUAAGCGUAUGAUCAAGAACAGAGAAUCUGCAGCUCGUUCCAGAGCUAGAAAACAGGCUUAUACAAACGAGUUAGAGCUUAAAGUUGCUCACCUAAAGGCAGAAAAUGCAAGACUCAUGAGACAACAAGAUCAGUUAAGAAUGGAGGCAGAAAAUCAGCAACCUAAAAAGAACACACUUCAAAGGGCUUCCACAGCACCAUUUUGAGAGAGCCUUUCAUGAGAAGUGGAAAAAAUGGAAAAGUUUGUUCCUAUUUUAUUAGCUAUAAUUAUAACUAAGCUAAAUUUGUAGAACCUCAAAAGAUCUUGCAGAGGAAAGAAGUUGUAAGAAAAGAAAAACUUAUGAAGAGAAAAGGAUCUUUCCAUUUCCUGAGGCACAGGAACACCUGUGGUGGGUCUCUCUCCUCUUGUUCUUGUCAUUUUCUUGUUCACUUCUACUUCUGUACUAACUUCUACUUGUAUUAGUGUUACUUUCCUUGUCGAAUACUAAUUUAAAAUUGUACCAGUUAUGUUU